UAUUUCCAGGAUGCGGAUGUCAUGUGGUUCCGAAAUCCAUUUCCACAUUUCUUUCCUGAUGGAGACUUCCAGAUUGCUUGUGACAGAUUUUUUGGAGACCAUCUUGAUCGGAAAAACGUGCCUAAUGGAGGAUUUAAAUUUGUAAAAUCUAACAAUCGCACGAUUGAAUUUUACAAGUUUUGGUACUCAUCUCGACACAAACAUCCAGGAUAUCAUGAUCAAGAUGUACUUAAUAGAAUCAAAUUUGACCCAUUUGUUGAUGAAAUAGGAUUGAAGAUGAGAUUCUUGAGCACUGCCUUUUUUGGUGGAAUAUGUGAACCUAGCAGAAAUUUUAGUGUGGUCUGUACUAUGCAUGCAAAUUGUUGUGUUGGUCUUAGUAGAAAAUUCAAUGAUUUAAGACUCAUGCUUGAGGAUUGGAGAAGAUAUAUGGCGCUGCCACCUGCUUUGAAAAAUUCUAGACUGCCAUUCUGGAGGAUACCACAAAAUUGCAG